AUGGACAGUAUCAUUGGUGCUCAAGAAAACCAAAGUGCCCCUAAGAAGGGAUCAAAGCGCCAGCCUCCCAAUGGGGGGCAAGUAACAUUGAGAGAUGCAUCUUACCAAGCUCAUAACCAAUCACCCCCGACAGUGUCUCCCGUUCGAAAGCCUGCUGACAAGUAUUUAGAACCCGCUGGAACCCACAGUAGCAUUGAACCCCACGAGUCCGGAACAAAAAAAGGGCAACUACCCACAGGCAAAGGAACCAGAAAGGGCGGGCCGCCUAGGGGGGCUUUGACUCGGACCAAGGAUACAAGUCCGCCCAACAGCCGGGGAGGGUAUCAAGGUGAAGCUCAUGAAGGUCUUUCCCGCUCGCUUCUCAGAGUUUUCAUUAGCAUCUUAAAGACUGAGGGGAAGCGGCCGGAUGGGCACAGCAACACAAUACAUAAGUAUAUACUUGUGGUGCUGCCUAAAGUUUUAUCGAAGUGCAAAACCAAGAAAGAGGAAUCGGAACAGAUGCAAAAGUUUAUAGCAGAAAAGUUACCGGAAGACCGCAGUUCGAAUCAAUUGUCGCAGAUACGGGACGAUAAAUCUGUGCAAGAGGUCCUUCAGUGUUGCAUCAGUAUGAUUGACGAGUUGGCUACUACUGAGAAAAAUUGGUACAUUAGAAACAGCUGCGUGGUCAUUGGUAAAUGGCUAAACAAAUUGUGA